ACCACAGCAGUCAGGAGAGGUUUUAGUUUGUGGCAUGUUUGCCGCAAUAACUGUCUUUUUGGUUUUGGCCAAUACCUGAUGUGCUGGAGACAGAUUAUAAAAGCGUUUUCAGGAAUGAGGUGAAGGUUCCCUUCAGCUCAGCAUCAUCACCAUGCAGAGGACAGGGAGAUGCAAGAGUUUCGGGUGUUUGUGCUGGCUGUUUGCUCCUGUGCUGCUCACUUCAUCGCAAGCAAAUAAUUUGAGUGACCAGUACCAGGAGAAGUUGCCCUGCCUGCCAGGAUUCUUCUGCCCAGUGGGGGGCAUCAAUGCAGUCCCCUGUCCUAAAGGAACCUACGGACCAACCCCUGAUGGUACAUCCAUUGAAAGCUGUCUGAAGUGCCCUCCUCACCACUAUUGUCCUAGACCGGGAUUACCGACCCCACGGUUCUGUGGCCCUGUGGCUCAACAGCCUCUUUCAGGACAAGAGACAUGUCUCUGUCCAACAGAUGGACAAAUAUUCCAGAUCAGUGAUGGGCAGUGUCAAUGUACCAUCGGCUACCGACCAGCUGAUGAUGGAGAUGUGUGUGUACACAAGGUGUACAAUGUCUGCAGGGACGGACAAGCACGGACGCAGCAUGGAGACUGUCUGGACAAGCAUCUCUGGUCACUCCACUGUAGGCAGCAGGUGUGUCAAUCUCCAGCGGACUACUGGGGUUAUGACGGACAGCUGGGCCUGUGUGUCUGCAAGCAGCCUCCUCAGAGAGCUGCGUGUGGAGGCCUGUGCAGGAACAAAGCAGCUGCUGAACUGCAGCUCCAGUGCACGCCAGGUGGAGACAUGGAACUGGUUUGGAGAUAUGGGAAUGUGGUGCGGAGCGUCCCAGACAGCAGGCUGGAGACAAUGUUCAAACAGUGGGAUUUUCAGGGAGUUCUGCAGUGCAGCGACCCCUUCCACUUCUCACAUCCCGUUUACACUGUCCUGACAAAAGAUGCAGGUUUCCUGGGCCUCCAGAGUGGACUCCCAGAAGAACUUCAAAACCUGUUUCCUGUUACUAUAGGGACGGAUUCCUAUAACCCUGACAAGGAAGAGGCAGAUUUUCUAUUGGGAAUCACUAACGUUGGUAAUGUGAGCCAUGGAAGUGGAGAAAACAAGAGCGACUUGAAGAAAGAAGUAACAAACAUCGUUGGAGUUUUGAACCCAACCACAUGUCUCCAUAUGGGGGACGUUCUGCUGUUUGCGGUGGACAAACGUCACUAUCCUGAGUAUGACCAAGACAGUCUGUAUAACACAAACAAGGACUUUGACUGGGGGGCAUUCAGACAGCUGAAGGAGGAGCUGGCCCUGUCUUGGAGCCCUCCCAGCUUCUUCUCGGUGUUCUUCAGUCAGCCGGGGGUGCACGUUUUCACACUGAGCAGCAAUCAGCACAAACAUAUGUAUGUUCAGGUGAUGCCUCCAGGGGCCCAGUGUUACGAGUCUGACAUUUUCUUCCCCACCACUCCCCGCCACGUCACCAGGGUGGGAAUCAGAAGGAGACGUAACCUGUUACUUCGUCCUGAUUGGCCAGUGACUGGAGGUUUGUUGUUUGGAGCCGUGGUCAUCCUGUGUUUGUGUGUCACAGCUCUGAUCUUAUUCCGUGAAUAUGGUUGGCCAGAGAAGAAGCCAAUCAGAGCUCAGUACCGCUUGCUGCAGUUGUCCUACCACAUGGACGAUUACUCAUCAAAAGGUUCAAGGGUGAUCUCACAAAGGAAGACGCAUCGUAACCAGCAAAUCAGAAUGACCCAAGACUCCAUUCAAACAGUCUGUGCAGACACCUUGGGGGAGUUCUGGGACUAUGAACACCAGGUGGAUUUGGAGGCCUUUAGCAGUAACACCUUCUACAGCCUCCUGCUCAAACAGAGCCUUUCUGUAACAACACGACUGGGACAACUCACUGCCGAGGUGAAGGAACUAUACCAGGGAGUGCUUGGGAAACUGCAGCCCCUCCAUCGAUGCCUGUACACUGAGGAGAGACAGGGUGAGGAGGGUGAGAGGAUCAGAAGGGACGUGGAGAGGGAGGUGGUGCGACGCAAGACUCUGGCCUCACAGCUAAGAACUCUGCUUGACAGUCAGAUACAGAUUUUAAGGAAAGAGCAACAGGCCCAGCAGAGAGUCCAUGGUGCCUUCAUGAGUCAUCUCAGAGAGACCCUCCGUUUGCUCAACAAGCUCCAUAAUUCCAACCAACCAUCCUGUGAACUACACCAGCAAAGUUGGAUCCAGAGAAUGAACUCUCUGGUGCAUGAGAUGGGAGGGCUGGUGACCGGAGAGUGCCAACGUCAGGGGAUCUGGGAGUUUUUGGGGGAGGCUACAGGAGCUAAGCUACUCUGCCCUGACACAGGAGCAGUGCUGACCAGGGAGCACAUCUUUGGUCCUGAUGGCUCUAUGCUUGCCUGCCCGGUGCUUCACUGCGAUUCAGUCACAGGCCUCAUUCGACCAAAUUCUUACUCACAUAUGUUGUUGAGCAGCUGCCACACCACAGCAGUACCACCUGAUUUCUUCCUGCACCCACAGACCUGCAGGGUUUUGCCCAUUGCUGAUAACGUGGCCUACGACCCUGCAGCCUCUACACUGGUGAUCACAGCAGGCUCGUGUACAGGCGACAGCAGAAAGUGGGACAGUCCGCUACUUCCUUUUAUUCCUUAUCCAAUCUCUCGCAACUCCAACCUGCCCCUGCCCUGUUCCCGUCUCAGAGGACUUAAACCUGGACAGAGGCUGCAGCUGGGUGCUCCCAUGGCCGACCCGGAUAUGGGGGUUCCAGUGCCUAUAUUGGCUGUGACCAUCCAUCCUGAGACUGGACUAGUCUAUCCUCUGGGGGGAGUUCAUGUCUGCCCCAUCACCCGCCUGCCUCAGCCAAUACAGAUUGGUUACCCCAUGCUGGAUCCCAGGACAGGGAAUAUUGUGCUGACCGUGGGGGUCAGUUUAGAUACAGUUACAGGAGCUGUGCUGCCAGUAGGUGGAGUCCUACUGGGUGAAUCCUUCAUCGAACCCCUAAGUGGUCGCCUGAUGAAAGUGAGAGGAGCCAGCACACGGGCAGGACAACUGGUGCCGAAUACAGGAGGAUACCAAGCUGUACUAGACAGCAAGGUUCUGGCAACAAUGUAUAAAAUUCUGGACCUGCUGAAGCCACUGAUGGAGGAGUGGGGUUCAGAUCCAGGGCUGCAGCCUUCGCAGCCUCAUUCAGGCAGUGAGAGAGGCAGCGGUCGUCAGGAUCAUCUUCUGGCUGCAGCCAAGGAGCUGCAGCAGGCGUGGGGUCGAAGCCUUCACUGUCAGCUUCAGUUACAGACCCGGUUAGAGAUGAUACUGGACUGGGCUCUGGAUCUCCAGCAGGAUGGAGGGAUACUAGGAGAGAUGCCGCUGCUAGGCUCUGAUGUUUGUGUGCCAGCUCUGUUAGGACUGGAGUAUCCCGAUCCUAUGGGAUCUGGUCUCAGUGUGCCGGUACUGGGCUGUCAGACGGAUCUGAUGUCUGGGAAUACAGUGCCGUUAGCAGGUACCAUGGAGAACCACAGUGGACAAGGCCUGGUGGCGAUCCGAUAUGGAGCUCAAACUGUGGAUCCAGUGAUAGGUGUUCUGGCCGCAGUGGUUGGAGCAAGGCUGGAUGUGAGCAGGAAAAACAUUCUGCCCAUUACUGCCCCCUACUGGCUCACACUGGAGAACCAAACCAACAGUGUGCAGGUGGAGGCGCUGCAGAGGGAGGUGUGUAUGAGAAACACUUACUGGCAGCAGCAGAGGCAGCGUGAGGAAGAGAUCCUCGCUGAUAUGGACUCAGCUCUUUUCCAGCAUCUCUGUAGAAUCUCAGACUUGAAUUCUUCUCAGGUCCAGUGGUCAGGGAGACAGCUGAGGGAGGCGGCUGCAGAAUUGCAAGAAUCAUCACAGGCCGAGGCCCAAAGACGAGCGGCUCAACACUCUCACCUUGUCCUUAUCCUGCCCUGCCAUGUUUUUCUCAUCCUCACACAAGGGGAUGAAGAGGAGUGGGAUCAGGAGAACGUCUGGCAGUCCGAGCUCUUGUCCGGCCUUGAUAAGGUGGAUGUUUGUAUGGAGCGGUUGCAGCAAGAGCAAGAAAAAUGGACAAGACGGGAGGGAGACUGGACUUCAUCUGUCCAUACUGUGGGCAGAGAGCUGAGACUGAGGGAGGUGUGGAGUCAGUGCUGCUCCACACAGACAGAUCUGGAUGUUGCACUGAUUGCUCUGCAUUUUGUCCGACAUCUUUCUCAACUCCGUGCCGACACUGCUCAGGUAGUUCUGUGCCGCAGCUUCUGGUACAAAGAAUAUGGUCUGAGCCAGAGCUGUGGACGGAGACAGAAGAAGGUUGUAGGUUUGCUUCAACACAAGGCUCUGCCUCUGCUGGAGAGACUCAACCAGGUCCUGGAAGAGAAACAACCCACCAGCAGCUUUUCCUCCAACGCCUGCAAUCAGCAGGUCACAGGUUUAUCUCCAAAGCAGGCAUACAGUUUGGAGAUAGCCUCCAGAGCUUGGACAGCAUCUGUGCCUGUGGUGAAAGGAAUCUCCACACAGUCUUUGAGGGAACCUGUCAAUUUGCCUGCGUCCCAGGACAGCGGUCUGCAGGCCAGCUCUGCGCCGACGCACAACUCACAGAGACAGACGGCGUCCUCCGGAGACUCGUCCCAGGAGAACCAGCCUCUAAAAAACGACACUCAGCCCACACUCAUCGCUCUGCCUGCUGUUCCAGAAGAAGAAUGGACCAAGCUGCUGGAGCUUUCACCGCUGUUCCAGCUGCUGAAGGGGGUGGAGCUCCAGAUGAGGGGAUCGGCCUGUGGGGCGAGGAUUCUGAGCGGAGCGCUGAACGACUCACGCAGCAGGUUUAUGGACGUCCUGGACGCUCAGUGGGAAUGUGAAGGAGAGCUGAUCCCUCUGGACUCAUCUGUCCUCCACCCCACAGAGUUUGUUGUCUAUCAGCAUGGACUCCACCUGCUGGAAACCCUCUGUCAGCUAAACCUGACUCCGGCUGUUUCUUUACAAAUAGCUGCUAGUCUCCCAAAGAACAACUAUUCCAAUAACGCCUUCAGAAAUUCUUUCUUCUAUCAGGAGGCGGAGAAGAUGCUCUUUGUCCGACGUCAGAGGCUGCAGUCAGCGGGAGGGUUCUCUCUGCUGCUGCUCCACUGUCUGUGCCACGUCAAAGUCAAUGAUAUGAACACCGACUCCAGUCCUGCCUUCCAGAGGCUUUUCUACAAGGUACUGCAGGCGUGCUUAGAGGAGCUUUUUCAUACCAGAAUGAGCCUCUGACUCACAGGACAGAAAACCAAUUUAUCUGCAUGUUUCCAAGACCAAGAGGCCCCCGGUGGGGACAAACAUAGCUCUGCCUCUUUGCUCUACAAGCGACACAAACCAAGCAGAGGAUUGCUUUCUGAGGAUGAAACAGAAGAUCCAAAGAAGACACACAGAGAAACCUCCCUGUUCUCCCGUCUUGAAGAGCUUUUACAAGAGAAGAGUUUUGUUGCUGCAGAUAAAGAUAGAGACCAGAUUGUGUGACCACCUUCCCUGAGGAUGAACACGUUUUUCAUGACGGCAGUUCUGUGAACCUUAAAGUCUCAGCUGAGUCACAUCUGUCAGAAUUUGUUUUUUGUCCUGAAGAUAUUUCACAACCCCUUAUCGAUGUACAGUAUUCUUUAUCAGGGUUUUUCUAAAAUGUUUGCCCUUGAACAGGAAGACUGUUACAGAGAUGUUGAAAACUGAUUUUUAAUGGUCAAGAUUGAUGAAGCUCCUGGGAAUUUCCCAGGAUUCAGUUCUGUUCUGAUGGGAGCGAUUUCUAAACGAGAGCUGUGGCGCUAGUAUAACAGCGGUGUGCCACAGGGUACCGUACUCUCAACCUUUUAAUUUCUUUAAUUGAUUUGAAACAGGAUUCAGAACAACAAAACAGAACAAGAAAUGUUAUGAAGGCUUCCGUCAAUGCUCAUCACUGAAAGUGAUUUAGGUGUGCCCCCUACUGGUUCUAAAUGUAUUAGUAUUAGUGUUACCAGCAAAAUAUUUUGGAAUUAAGGAAGUGGAAUUGAAGUUUUUCACAGCUAUUUUCUGUUUAGUCCCAGUUUUACUAUAGACAUAAACAAUAAUAAGAAAUGUCAAAAAGUGGAUUUUACUUUUUGAGUACAUUUGUAAAUAAUAAAAAUCUUAAACCUGGAUGAUGAUGUUUUAUACCUUGGUUUUACAGUCAAAGUUAAACAUAAACCUACAACUAAACAAAAAAAAAAUGACCACAAAAAGAAUGAAGUUGUUUAUUUUUUCAUAUUAAACUCUCAUCAAAGACAGGAAAAAACAACAAUUCAAACAUGUCAGCACUACAGGAAAUGUGUGUUAACUAUCAGUGCAUCCAGACAUCUGCAUGUGAGAAUGGGUGGAUCUCCUGUAAUGAAAUGGGGGGACGACUUCCCCCCUUGAAGAAAACCCUGCCUGGGCCCCAUCCUGUUUGGUAGCAAU